GGGGGGAAUCUGCGCGCGCGCUCAGUGGGACGCCGCGAGUUUCCAAAACUCCAGCUGUAUCUGAGUAAAAGCGCUCGCGCUCCUCCUGGAAGCGCAUUCCGUUCAGCAGCAUGCCGGACAGCGCGCUCGUGAGCACCGUGCUGCUCUUCACCGUCAGCCUCGCGCGCUCUCAGCAGCCCGACUUCCAGCACGCGGCCGCUUUAGACGCGCGCGGCAGAUACGUGAUGAGAUGGGGCUUUGACGCAAACAGCAUCGCGUUCGAGCUCGAGGCGCAAACCACAGGAUACAUCGGCUUCGGCUUCUCUCCAAACGGCGCCAUGGCGUCAUCAGAUCUCAUCUUUGGAGGGAUUGCAGAUGGGAAACCUUAUCUGCACGACUACUUUGCAGACAGCAGCAGAAGAGUCCAUAAAGAUCAGGUCCAGAACUACAAGCUGCUAUAUGCAAGAGAAAACCACACACACACUGUGCUGGCGUUCAGCAGAGAGCUUCAGACCUGUGACCCCGAUGACAGAGAAAUCACGGGUAGUACAAUGCGGGUGAUCUGGGCAUUUCAUGACGAAGAUGUUGGGCCAUCAGGGCCGGGGUACCAUGGAAUAAACCGAGGAAGGAAAAGCUUACGUCUCCUCAACCCUGGGACCAGCAAGAGCGUUCCUCAUGGAACAGCUAGCUUCGACUUGCGGAACAUUAACGUUGCAGUGCCUCCAAAGGACACAACUUACUGGUGUCAGAUGUAUAAAAUCCCGGACGUGAAGAAAAAGCAUCAUGUAAUCAAAAUUGAGCCACUGAUCCAGAAAGGCCAUGAGAAUCUGGUCCACCACAUCCUGCUCUAUCAGUGUGAUAGCACCCUGAAUGAGGGCGAGCUGGAGAUAGGACACGAGUGCUUCCAUCCCAACAUGCCAGACUCUUUUCUGACCUGCCAAACUAUCGUUUUUGCCUGGGCCAUCGGUGGAGAGGGCUUCACUUAUCCUCCGCAUGUAGGAAUGUCAAUAGGAACAGCUGCAGAUCCAGUCUAUGUGCUGUUAGAGGUUCAUUACGACAACCCUGCUUUACAGAGAAGAAUAGUGGACAGCUCAGGCCUGCGUUUGUUCUAUACACCCAAGCUGCGGAGUUAUGAUGCAGGGGUGAUAGAGACAGGGGUGUGGGUCAGUCCUUACCACAUGCUGCCUCCUGGGAUGCAGGACUACAUCACUGAGGGUCACUGCAUGGAAGAGUGUCUGCAGGAGUCUCUGGAGAGUGAGAUGCCCAGUGGUGUUCAGGUGUUUGCAGUCUUGCUCCACGCUCAUCUGGCUGGCAGAUCCAUCAGGACCAGGCAUUUCCGUCAGCAGGACGAGCUUCCCCCACUGUCCUCAGACGAGCACUUCGACUUCAACUUCCAGGAGUUUCAGCCACUGAACCCAGAGCGGCAGCUUUUGCCUGGGGACUCAUUAAUCACUGAAUGCAUAUAUAACACUAAAGGCAGGAAGAACAUGACAUGGGGUGGUUUGAGCACAAGGGAUGAGAUGUGCUUGUCCUAUCUGCUCUACUAUCCACGAAUCAACCUGACCAGGUGCGAGAGCCUUCCUGAGAUCACCGGCCAGCUCAAAUUCAUCGGAGUCAAGGAAAUUCAGAGCCAUCCUACGACAUGGCCUAUUGUGAUUAAAAGUCCAAAGAAAUACAGCAACCUUUUGUUCACUGAAGCCAUGGACAAGUUCCGAUGGACCAAGAAGAAAGGAAAGGACUUUAACAAAGUUGUGCUGAAGCUCCCAUUGAAUGUGCGCUGCUCCAAGCUGGGUUAUGAGGAGUGGUUGGUUCAGGGCAUGUUCAAGCCUCCCCCAAAGCCGAAAUCUGUUCAACUGCCUGCAAAAAGCAUGUGUCAGAAUGGCUCGGCAUCUCAAAGUCAUCACGCACUGUCUGUCCUAGCAGUCGCAGUUAUGUCCUUACUCAUCCUUCACGAUGCUCAGCACUGACUCCAUGUCAUUGGGAAGACAUGUAGUCGAGACAAAACUUUACUCCAACAAACAUCACUGAUUCAAAGCACAAGACAACAGCAGCAGGAUGUUGUUGGACUGAUGGAGAUGAUUAGUCUGGAGAAAAGAACCAGCACAGUUACAAACUAAACAAAUCAUGAUGUUUUAUACACUUGCUAACCGAACGUCUUGAAUAUUUAACCCUCCUCAAUGGAAAUUCUGUCCAUUUUACUGAAACCAGAAGACAGAUCAGCACAAUUUCAACCAAAACAGUUACACAUUCAGUCAAAACAUUGUGGAUACCAUAUAGUCUAGGAGUUUUGUUGUUACACAAGUAAUUGUAAAGCAUUUUAAAUGUUCAAAAAUUAGAAUCUCAAUACAGAAUAGUUAUAUAUGAAUAGAAAAAGUUGUUAAUGUUUUUUUUGUUGCAAAGAAGUCUUUUCAAGCUCUUUAAUUCACUUGAAGUUCACUUGUAGCACAUUCUAUACAUUUAUCUUUUUUACAAGUAACACUAGUACAAGCCAACUACAAAGUGCUUUAUAGGAUUUUGCAGUGAUAGCAGGAAAGUGCAUUAUAUAAUAAUGCCGUAAGGAUUUUAUCUACUGUAUAGGCUCAGCAUUGCAUUCUUAAGAAAACAUUAAACAUCUCAGCACAGAUUUAAGCACAAAACAAACAAACAAACAAAAAAAAGAUCGACAUCAGUCCUGGACCUGUUGUUAAGAACAGUUCCUAAGUACCCUUUGAGCUACACUGCCAGUCAGAUAUUUUUCAACACCGUAUAUUUCUACAUUUUCGCUUUCAAAAAAAAAAAGAUUUAACUUUGAAAUACUUGAAAUUUUGUUUGAAAAUGUUUACUAUUAUUGUUUUUAAAAAUUGUAUUCAUAUUAAUAAUCAUUUUAUCGGAACAUUCCAGAUCAAAUCAGAAAAGCCGACAUACUUACGCUGUAAUAUUAAAGCACUUAUUUUAGAGGCCCAUUAGGAUUUGAUCAUGAUUUAAGCAUGUAAUGAUUCAUACAAUUCACAAUUCGAUUCAAUUCACUACAUUCGAUUUUCCCACAAUGUUUUCAAGGAAAAACUUAAAUGAAUAAAAUUUUAUUACCAAAACAAAUGCAACAUUUAUUUUCCUGUUCUUUAUCAACUGAAAUAUUCCUAUUGUUAAAUAAAAAAAAAAACCUUGUAUUUCAUUUUUCGAAUAACCAACAAGAAUUAUUUAUCCACAUU